CAUCUCAUUUCAGGUGCGCGCUAGUAAAUCAAGGGUGCGACACCGUCGUAGUAUACGAGACUAUUGUCAGCACACAUAAAUAUACUGUCCCGAAGAAUGGUGGGUCCCACACGAAGCGUUGUUGGGGGUGGUAUGUAGGCAGGAAUAUAAUUAGCCGCGCUUGCUUUGGUCGGUGACUUUCGCGUUCGCAGGUUCGGCUCAUUUAUAGACUUCGCUUGCUUGAUCAUGCGUAGUAUUAGAUCAUUGCGCAGGAGGAUGUGGUUAUCUCUCACGGCGCCUUCAAGUGGGAAGGGUCCCACAGGAUUUGAUGAAUUACGGCAUCUCGUGAAACAAGGUGCCGAUUUCAACAAGGAACUGGCUGCAAUCGCGCACGAACGGGCUGAGUUAGAGGCAGCCUAUGGCAAAGGUCUUGCAAAGCUGGCUCUGAGGACUUCACGUGCUGCAAGAGAUGCCUAUGGCACCACAGCACAGGCAUGGCUUGGCGUCUCUGAAGACAUGGAAUGUGAAGGGGAAUUACAUCGUGCCCUCUCAGUAGCUCUCCUGCAGGAAGUGCAUCGUGCACUGCGGACCCUACAUGAAGCACAGGCCCCCGUACGCAAGGCCCUCGAAGCAGCUGUAGAUCGUAAAGCCCGCCUGCUGCGAGAUCGCCGUUCCGCGCAACUCCGUGCCAAGCGACAAGCCCACGAGCGGACUCGAGACCGUGAGCGACUCCUCGCCCCGGACUCCAGCAGCAACAAGGAUGGUACUGAGGUUUCGAGCAAAUUGGAGGCAAAAAGGAGGCGCAGCGAGGAGCUGUUUGAGCGCGCACAUCGAGAGUAUUAUGCGGCAAGCGUGAGCACUGAACGAGUGCGUCAAGAAUGGCAGCAGUUGAGGAGUCAGGCAGCUCAGCGCUUCCAAGUGCUGGAGGAAGAACGACUCAGCGCUGCCAGAGAUGCUCUUCAGCGUUACGUUCAGUUGUUGGACCACAUUGGCCCAUCACGCGAGCAAUCGCUGAAUGCAGUACAACGGGUGUCUUCCAACGUGGACAUUUGCCAUGACAUCCAAGAGGCCAUCCAGGAAAGGGCAACUGGACCGGACGUCCCGGAGCAACUGUUGCCGGACUUUUACGCAGAAGACCUGGAAAACCCAAUGCAACCGGACCGUCGACGGCAAGCCCUGGAGGCGUUGCUGCAAAUGCUCAUGAGAGACUUGGAAACAGAGAGAAAAGGCAAACAAGGGGUGGAGAACCUGGCAAAGGUGUUUCAAGAGUCACCGAAAUUUGGCAGUGCCGAUGCCCAAAUUAAAGUAAAUGAAAACCUCAAACAGCUGAGAUUAAUGCUGGCAUUUCUGGAAGCAUCACGGCACAAGGUCCAGUGUGUUCUGAUGGGGCUGGAGAGUCGCCCUAGGCCCCACCAUCCUCUGGCUGCGCAUCUGGAACUACGCCGUGACAGACAUGGUUUACCUCAAACUGUCCUGAAGGUUCCUCCCUGGGUGGGGAUGCGAGAGGCGGAUGUAAUUCCGGAGAGUCCCGUAACAGACGACCGUUCGGUGAAGAGGUCACCAUCGGGAGAGCGGGAGCCUGCUGAUGGAUGGCCAGACACGUCUACAGACACUGAGGAUGAUGCAGAACAGAGAUUGUGUCUAGGAGCAGACGGAGGGCUACAUCAGUGCAGAGCCCUCUAUGACUAUAGUCCGCAACAGGACGACGAACUCCCGCUUAAUGUUGGGGACAUCAUCACGUUACACACGAAGACGGAAGAAGGUUGGUGGUACGGGGAAGUUGGAGGAACAUGUGGGCUCUUCCCGGCCACCUACGUUGAGGAACUCCUGUGAUGUCUCCAAAUAAUUUCUACUAGAAGGCGAAUACUAUUCCCGGUGUCUGCCUUGAGGGUCCAAUAUAAUGCCUUACUGCCUGUGAUAUGAUGCUGUGAGCUUUCCAAUAACAUCAGUAUUUUAAAUGGUUUUUAAAACUGUCAUUUGCCGAGCAGGUCUCUUACUGUAGAGCCAAAGGUUGUUGUGUAUCGCAUUAUGAGUCACAAGUCAUUUGAGAAAUUUGAAUCAACUUCAGGGUUCCAUGAAUGAACUAAUGAAAAGCACCAAAAAACAAUUUUUUUAGCACUCUAUUAGCACACUCAGUUUUUUUUGCGGCAGUUUUCUAGCAACUAAAACGCAAAAUUUUAGCGUUGCAUUGAUGCUGGCAGCACUUCGAGGCUGACCAUUCCUAAAAGAUCAGCAUUUCAUCAACGGUAGCUAUAGGUAACAUCAUCUCACAUGUCACUCAUCAUGUAUGCUGAACAUUGUGUGUGCUAGUGUAUCACUUGCAGAUCUGUGCAGCAAGGAAUGUAGAAAUAAAAAAUGAGCUGCAGUCAAGACAGCAAA